UUUCAGCCAAAACGUGUCGCAAAAUUAAUUAACGGUUUAUAAUUAUUAUAAUAAAAAGGUAACAAAACAGAAAUGGCGAACCAGAAUACAAAAGGAAAAACAAUUGGUGUAAUGGUGAGUAAUGGGGGAAACCUAAAGUGGAGAAGAGAAGGAAAUUCGAGGAUUGAAGUUGGUGCCACCAGCGGCAACGAUUCACAUGGAAUAAUUAUUGACAGUGGUGGAAAAGCGGAGAUAACGGAAAAAAACAAUACUUAUAUGGAAGUUCGAAAUCUGGAACAAACACCGCAAGGCCAAAAUGGAGCUUCCAGAAAUCAAGAACCAGCCGAAGCAACUGGAAUAACAGUGGGUAAUGAAAGCGAAUUGGUAAUGAUACGAGAGGACAAUGCGACUAUUUCCGUUGUUGCAAACGGUGAGGGACUGGCUAAAGGCAUUGAUGUUAACAAUGGAACAGCAGAUAUAACUGAAAGGGGUAACGCUAGAAUACAAGUUGGAUCCGAUCAACAUAUGACGCAAUAUCAGAACAAGGUUUCCGGAGCUCAGCAGGAAGAUACAUCAGUCCUGCAACAAAGGGUUUAUAUCACAGUUAGAAACUAUGAAAAACAAGUAACUGAACCAAAACAAGUGAAUCUAACAGACAAAGUUCAGAAACUACUGGAUGAAUACGGCGGUGUCGAAUAUUCCAUCUACUGCGGAGAAAGAAAAUUGGACGCCAACGAGACUUUUAGCAAUAAUAAGGUAAAAAAAGAUGAUGUAUUGACGGUCGGAAAAGAGGUGAUUGUAACAAGCAACAAUGGACAACCAAGAGAUAUUAAAAAAUAACCAUUUACGUUAGACGAAAUACUAAUAGUUUAUCGGUUAUGCUAUAAUUUUUGUACAGUUGAUUCUAAAAAAAAAUUUUCAAUUUUACCUAUGAGAACAGCAUAGUCAUUUGAGGAUAAUUCCAUUUAAUUAAUAUUCCUUUAUUUUUAUUUUGGCCAAUGUGGAGAGAUGCUUUUUGUUUAUUAUUCUCUUCUGAAUUCAUUCCUUAUAUGCGCAGUGCUUUGCUUCGUUAACUAAUAUUUCUGAUUUGUACGUUUUUAUACUCAUGUUUGUUACUUGCUUUUUUUGUGUAGUUAAUUCGUAAGAUAGUAUAAAUUAGAAACAAUGUACAUGCUGUUUGUCAAAUUUAUACAUCAUAGAAAAAGUUGAAGUUGGAUGUAAAAUAUUGGUAUACCUACUAGAUAAUAUUGAUUUUGCAAGAAGAUAUAUAGGGAUAACGUUGUUAUUUUAGUGAGAUUUUACUGUUGUUUUUCAAAUUAAUGAUAAUAAUCGGAGUAAAACUAGUUAAUUUGAACUUUCUUAGAAUUAUAAACCGUCGUGACUUGUUUUAUUCACUGGACAUAAUUGAGUUAAAUAGGCGCAAGUCAUAUCACAAUGACGAAUCACUUUCAAUAUAAUUUAUUUUUGUUACAGACUUGAUUAGGGCAUGUCCGUGCAUGCUAAUUUACUAUAUAAGAUACUCCGUAUUCACUGUUUGGUGAUCCUAUUGGGUUGGAUCGUAUUGCGAUCAAAAAGGCACCGUGGCGGUACGUCGGAGCUGAUAAUAAAAGAUUGACUCGUUGAGGUGUCUUUCAACGUCUUGGGAGAUUGGGCAGUCGAGGCAUUGCUGUUGUUACUCGUCGUCUAACGACAGACUAUAAGCUGUCCCUCAACCAACAUCAACAAGUCAAUAUAUAUAUAUACAGUAUAUACUUUCCUAACCCUAAAGAUAUACACGGCGUCAGUAGUUCUAGGACACGGAAGGCAGAAACUGUGUGAUUAACUGUUAG